AUGGCUGCUUUCUCCUCAAAGUCUACUGACCUGUGCAGAGUCCGAUCCAUCAGCUUUCCAGCUAGAUCACAUCCGAUCAAGCUUGGAAUGGAAGAAGAGCUGAACAAGCUUACGUCUUGUCAGGAAGCUUCAUCAUCAAAUGCUGAACCACUUUGCACCAGUCUAUUUGGCCUAGCAGAGUUGUGUAUUUGCGUAGAGGAUCUUCUUAAUUUGCCCCUCACACAGCAAGCAUUGGCUCAGCAUCACAAUGAGAAAUGGGACAAUGAAUUGUUAGAUUGUUCAUUAAAGCACUUGGAUCUAUGCGGUAACACAAGGGAUGCCAUUUUGUCGAUGAAACAAAGUGCUAGGGAACUUCAAUCAGCUCUUCGACGAUGCAAGGGAGGAGAGCUAAGCAUUGAGAACAAUAUCAAAGCUUACAUUUCCUCCAGGAAGACCACGAAAAAGGGAAUUGCAAAUUCGCUUGCAACAUUGAAGCAAAUGGAUAACAUAUUCAGGGGCUUUCCCCAGUUAGAACAAAACCAUCGUCUCUCUGCGGUGGCUGGAGUGCUUAGAGAAGCAAGCUUGAUCACUACUUCCAUCUUUCACGCCCUCCUGUUAUUCCUGUCUCCAUCAAUGUUGAAGCCAAAGCCUUCAAAAUGGUCAUUGGUUUCAAAGUUGGUGCGGAAGGGUCUAACAGAAUGUGAAGAGCACCAGAACAUGAACGAGUUAGAGAGAGUGGAUGUUGCAGUCAGCAACUUACUACUACAGAGUUCGAAAGAUGACAUUGAGGAAGAGAAUAUUCAAUCUGCAAAGGUUAAAUUGGAAUCUUUGGAUGCUAUCUUUGAAGGUUUUGAAGAUGGAUUGGAGUGCUUGUUUAGGAGCUUGAUCCAUACCAGAGUUUCUCUCCUUAAUAUACUUUCUCAUUAG